CCCCUCAGAGCCUCUUGGGACAGCAGCCAAUGAGAGGGGGCAGAGCUGGCAGAGCAGAACGCUGCCUGGGGAACGUGAACGGGGUGGGGCGAGGGAGGUGCACGGACAGGUGGGGGAAUGAGAAGUGCAUAUAAGCUGCUGCUGCCCUGGCGGCAGGUUGAUCCGUGGGAGGGAGGGGUUGCUAAUGAAGAGCAGCGGUAGACCUUCGCUGUAGGUUUGUAUUUGGUCAGGGUUUGUGUACUUCCUGUCACUGAAACGGAAAGCAGCUGUUCUAAAUGUAAAUAUUGUACUUCUGUGAAGUUUUAGCAGUAAACCAGGAGGGCGUAAAGAUCUGUUGGAGGCUAGAGUGUACUUUAAAAAUGGUUGCAACUAGCAAUUUAAGCAGUAAAAGCGCUGCAUGCAUUUCAGAAUUGCUACACCAAGGCUUUCACCACUCAAACAUAAGCGACUUUGACUACUGGGAUUACGUUGUGCCUGAACCCAACCUUAAUGAGGUGGUGUUUGAGGAGAGAACCUGUCAGAGUUUAGUUAAAAUGUUGGAGAACUGCCUAUCCAAAUCAAAGCAGACCAAACUUCACUGCUCAAAGGUUCUGAUACCAGAAAAACUAACCAAGAGAAUAGCUCAAGAUGUAUUGCGGCUUUCUUCAACUGAGCCCUGUGGCUUGAGAGGUUGCAUUAUCCAUGUCAAUUUAGAAAUUGGAAAUGUAUGUAAAAAACUGGAUAAUCUUAUCUAUGACCCCAGUGUUGUUCCUACUUUCGAACUGACACUUGUGUUCAAGCAGGACUGUUGCUCAUGGCCCAGUUUCAGGGACUUUUUCUUUACCCGAGCUUGUUUCGUGUCUGGCAGCAAACGUACUCUGAUUCUGAGUCCUGGGUUUCGGCUUAUUAAAAAAAAACUUUACUCCUUGAUUGAGACAGUCAUUGAAGAAUGCUAGAAAUCUUGUUGCAUGUUUAAAACUGUGCCUGUGGCCACUAACUAAAAUGUCUAAGUGGAGUUUGAUAUCCUGAAUUUUUAAGAGGUACCUUGCUUUACAGUUUGAUUUCAUGCACAGCAACCAUUGUGCUCUGUAUGGGCUGUGCAAACACCCCAAUGUGUAAGCCUUCAGGCUGGCAUAAGAUAUUCCCGGUGCAGCUAACUGCCUGCCUUUGCUGGGUGCGCAAAAAAGGCAGGAACAAAGCUAACGUUUUACUUGAAACUUAUGGUUAGCAUCUAGUUGACCUGUCCUGCGGUCAGCCUAGGAAUUGUUACUGACCAUUUUUCUAUAGAAAGUUCUUAUGCCAUGGAAAUAACUCUACCAGCAUAGGUUUAUAGUUCCAAAAGGUUUCAUAGAAAACUCUAGAGCUCUUGUUAAAGUAUUGUUCCACUAGUUAAAUAUAGUGGAUGUCAAACUCCCCUGCCCGAACGAAGAAAUAGAUCUUGCCUCUUAAAAGGUAGCAGGCUGAUCAACCUGGUGCAAAAGUAAAUAUUUCACAAUUUUUCCUACGGGUUAUAUAGCAAACAUAAUUUGCUCAAUCUUAGGACUAUGCCAAUUUGCACUGCAAUCUCAGCAAUGUGCACUUUUAAACUUUUGAAGUGUUAGGGGGCAAAUGACUCGUCAAAACAAAAGUCAGUUGUGUUUGAAUAUUUUUCCUUUUAAAAACUGGAAAACCAAUGCAAUUUGGGCAGCAAAGAUGGAUUUAAAUGCAAGGUAACUUCUGAAGCAGAAAUGCUAAAUCAUUGUCUUGGAAACACUUGCCUACCUCAUGCUUAGUUUUGAAAAUGGAAUAUGUCUGCACUUAGAGAUGCCCUCUUUUUCUGGGCAGAAAACUGAAUCCUACUAUUCCCUUGCCAUACCCCUUCCUCUAAGUGAAACCAAGAAACACUUUAGUUCUCUCACUAGCUCCUCUCCAAAGUCUGCAGGAUUUUUCUGUUCUGGCAUGGUAGCUCAAGCUCUUCAGAGGAUACCUUGUGAGGGUUUCAGUUCUCCAUACCACCAUAGUGGCCCCACUUUGGUUCUGGAAUGGCCUGGCAGUGUCUCCCUUUCAUGAGCCUGCCCCCUUCAUUCCCUAAGGUAGCUAAAGUUUAGCUAGUGUUCAAGCUGAUGCUUACGUUGCUGCUCGAAUGACUUUCCCCCUCAUCUUCCCUAGAGACUUCCAUUUCAAUGUCACACCACUUCUGCUGAAAAUUAACUCCUCUCCCCAUGCUCAAACAAGCUGACCAGUUGGCUUAGAUAAAACACAGGAAUUUUCAAAAGACCAUGAACUGAAAAAGUGACUGUCACUGUCUGUAACUGAAGCAAUGUCUUUCAGAUCCAGCCAGGAGCAUAUAUCAACACUAUGCAAUAUGGGGGUGAGGGGGGAAAAGGCUUGCCUAAUCUUUUAGUCUAUUUUCCCUGCCAUGCUUCUCAGUAACAGUUCUCUGGCUAUGUACCACUCUUCUGGGGGGGAAGCUGAAAGAUCCACCAUGUCUUGGUUGCUGGCACUUAAGUUUCUCGGAAGAUGACUAUCAACAGAUAAUAGAGGGGAAAGCAUCUUGGCAGACACAUACCAAGUGUCUUGGCUCCUAGUAGUUCUCUUGAAGACUUACCUUGCAAGUACCUAAGUAAUAUCCACAUGUAUGAGGCACUUGUAGCACAAUUUGACACUUAGCAAGUGUGUGGGUGAAGGAGGGGGAAAUGUGUGUGUUCUCCAUCAAGUUGCAUAUUUGGUAUACAAUGUAACCGGCUUAGGUGGAUUACAGAACUGCACUCUUCUAACAUUUGGAAGUUACUGCACCGCACAGCUAUUGAGCCUUUGACUUAUCAGAAUUGGACCAUUGUAAACUGACUUGUUUUGCACUUGUACUGCUUUUAAUGUUUUUAAUUUCAAUGCCUUAAAUGAUGGUGUCACUUUGUAUUGUUGGAGCUCUCUGCACUGAUGUAUAGAUGUUCGGUCCCCCUGCCCCUGAACUGUUCUUUGGCUUGCCUUUUGAACUUCACAAUAGCAAUUAUUUACUGGCAUUGUUCUUGAAACUGAUUCCUGUGCAAGAAAAUGGGUUUGUCUAUCCUGACAAUAAAAGUUAUAUUUUUAACUUUCAAA